AUGCCUUAUACACCACCCUCCCACAGGUCUCCGGCUUCGUCGGCACCCUCCUCACCAAGCCAGAGCCGGAGACCUUCGGUCCAUCAACCACAGAAUGGCGGUGGCCCCAUGUCCCCAACAUCAACGACCAAGCCCGUACUCCCUCGAUCGGCCUCGUAUCUUUUGAAGCACCGACGAACCCCCUCGGCUCCCGCACCCACACAGCAUAACGAGUUGUCUCCAUCGGCGACCGUAGAGGAUCUCAAGACCAUGGCUCUCAACAGCAUCGUGCGCCAGUCCCCACCACCAAUAACGGGCGAAAGGCCAGGCAUGCCCGCAGGCGCCGUCAUUUCUCCUCCCGACUCGGCUAGUGAAGAUGAGGGUCAGCUGGAAAUGAAGAAGGAGGACACACAGCGCGGCAGGACGAUCGAGAACCUCAAGGAGCUCAAGGACGCCAUCAGCCAGAUCCCCGUCCACCGCUCGUGCUCGCCAAACAACCGCACCGACCUCCCCGAACCCGUCAUCACCGAGAAGAAGGACAAGACAAAGCCGGAUGCUGGUGAUCUGCUAGUACUGCCAUCGCAGGCCAAGGCCAUUGCCGACAUGAAGCAAAAGCAGGACGCCGCCAAGGGAGUCAACCGCCGAUACUCGCACACCCGAUCCGCCACCGAGUCACACAUUGUGCUGAGCAAGUCUAUGGGAAGCUCGCUCGUAGGAUCUGAAGAGGACACCGACGAAGAGCAGCAAAGGAAGCCCCCCAUGGUGCGCAAGAAGUCGGGCGAGCUCGUGCGUCCUGCGCUGCGACCUCCAUCUCGCCGACGACCCUCCAGUAUGCCUGGUACGCCCACUUUCAAGGCUGUCCACUUUGACUCGCAUCUCGAACACGUUCGCCAUUUCUUGCAGGUCGACCGCCCGUUGGCCGUUAGUGCUGGCUCAUCGCCGGUCGAUAACUACGAUAGCGAUACCGAGUACCCCUUCAACGGGAACAACGACAACCAGUCAAAUGCGCGUCAGCCUCCCUUCGAGUGGGAGCUUGUCCUGUCCAACUUCCCCACCGAUACCCCCGCUCGCAGGACACAGCCUGUCCGUUUGGAGCGCGUCUGGCUCUCUAGCGACCAGAAGUGCCUGAUAGGCUCGGUAGCGGUGGACCGCUUCAACUUCACCAUCAAGCUCUCGGACAUGGCCAACCUCGAGUCAAAGACGCUGUACUUCUGCAUCAGGUACAACGUCAAUGGCCAGGAGCACUGGGACAGCAACAACGGCAUCAACUUCCAGAUUGACUUCCGCAAGAAGGCUCUCCCCGCGAACGGCAAGAAAGGCGUCAUCGGCGCUGCUUCUCGUCCUGCUAACGGCUUGCCCAAGAGCAACCGUCGCUCCAACCAGUCGUCGGCCGCACCAAAGCCCAAGUUCGCUCCCAUUGGCUCGGAUGACUUUGGUGGCAGGAGCAAGCUCAGCUUUGAUAGCUCCCUCGAUGACUACAUUGGCGACUCGCUUCCCGCUGGCCUUCGUCUGCGUGGUGUUAAGAGCACCACCAGCAUUCCCAGCGAUAACCUGCCGAGCCGUCUGCCUGCCCCUAGCGGCCAGGCCUUUGCCAACCGCUACGACUUUGGUGCCUCCCUUGCCACAGCCAUCCAGACCGCCAAGGAUAACCUGCCCAAGAAGGAAGACGGUGCUCUUUACAUGAAGUCCUCCAGGAAGCCCGCUCCUGCGAACUCUUCUAUGCAGCGCAGGAACCAUCCUACCCUGGCUACCCCUGUUGCUCCCGCUCCUGCUCCUGCCCCUAAGAAGGCUCCGGCACCAGUACCUACUUCUGCUCCUGCUCCUGCUCCCGCUGCCGCUGCUCCUGCGGCUGCCACCCCUGCGCCCGCCAACUCCACCUCCAAGCCUUCUCUCAGCAUCCCUGGUGUUUCCACCACCGGCAGCAUUGCUUCGUCCUCGUAUGAGGAGCUCGUCAACAAGUACUGCUUCUUUGGAUCCACCAAGCAGUCCAGCCCUCAGAUUAAGGAUGGUAGCUUGCGCAACGGUCGCUUCGAUAGUGCCGCGGACCUUCCCCAGCUCGCUAGCACCAGCAGCUCCAACAACUCGAGCUAUGAGGGAAGCCCGGUUCACAACAACUUUUACGGUAUGGGGUCUUCGGCUCAGCAUCACUCGCUGCACCCGAGGGAUCCCAACCCAUGGGGCUUCCAGUCGUCGCAGCAGCAGAAUCCUGCUAAUAACCCCUCAAGCAAUGGGUCGUCACGCAGCAAUGGUUCUGGCACUAACAGCUUCGGAUCUGGCUACGGAACCGGACCCAGCUACGGAUCGAACUCUACUGGUACGUCGUCGAACGAGUACCCAUAUCACCACAGCACCAUGUCUUAUGCCGAUCGUUUCCCGUUCUACACAAACAACUAUAACUAUGGAGGCGCGGAAGCUCAUGCUGCGACAGCUAUUAGGGGGUAG